ACACCCCGCGCAACGCGACACCGGAUCAGCAUCUCGUGUCUGUCUACGUCACGGGCCACGGGUCAGGCACGCGAUGCGAUCGCCGUCCUUCCUUCCUCCUCCCUCCCCUCAUCAUAACCCCGAAUCUCCUCUCCGCGCGGCGCGGGCGUCUCCCUGCUGCUUCCCCUCCCUCGCGUAAAAAAAGAGAGAGGCGACCGAAAUCCUAACGGCCUGCCGCCUCAUCCCCUCGCCGCCGUCCCCCCUCUGGAGGUCCGCACGGGCGUCGAUUCUUCUUCCGCUGGCGUUUCACUACAUUUAAACACGCAGAAUGCCUCGGGGGCGAGGCUCGUCUGUGUCAACACACGAGAAGCUUAAUGUUGAUGCAGCAGUCGAUUCUGAUAAAGAUAACAGCAGGCAUAAGAGGAGCGCUUAUUUGUUGCUGGGGUUGUUUAUACUUUUCCUUCAUGGAUCCUGGUCUGUUUACCGUAUGCAGUUUGCAAAUCUUCCUUUGCCCCUUGGUGCCGAGCAGGCUGGUAAGCGGGGGUUCUCAGAGGCUUCUGCCCUUAAGCAUGUGAAGUACUUGACAGGCCUGGGUCCUCAUCCAGUUGGUUCAGAUGCCCUCGAUCUUGCUGUGCAGUAUGUGUAUGCAGAAGCAGAGAAAAUAAAGAAGACAGCUCAUUGGGACGUUGAUGUUCAAGUGGAGCUGUUCCACACAGAUAUUGGUGCAAAUCGUCUAGCUGGUGGUCUUUUCAAGGGAAAAACACUCUUGUACUCAGACCUUAAGCAUGUGAUCCUCAGAAUUGUUCCCAAGUAUUUACCGGAAGCUGAAGAAAAUUUGAUUCUUGUCUCUUCUCAUAUUGAUACAGUUUCCACAACGGAAGGUGCCGGAGAUUGCAGUUCAUGUGUAGGAGUCAUGCUAGAGAUGGCACGGGGAGUGGCUCAAUGGGCGCAUGGGUUCAAGAGUGGCGUCCUGUUUCUGUUCAACACAGGGGAAGAAGAGGGUCUUGACGGGGCCCACAGUUUUAUAACUCAGCACCACUGGAGAAAUUCAGUACGUUUUGCUGUCGAUCUGGAAGCUAUGGGUAUCAGUGGGAAAUCCACCCUUUUUCAGGGUACUCACCAGUGGGCUUUGGAGAGCUUUGCUGCUGUAGCGAAAUACCCAUCUGCUCAGAUAGCUACACAGGAUGUUUUCCGUUCUGGAGCAAUAAAAUCUGCUACUGAUUUCCAAAUAUAUGAGGAGGUUGCUGGUCUUCCUGGCCUUGAUUUUGCAUAUACAGAUACGACAUCCGUGUAUCACACAAAGAAUGACAAAAUGGAGCUCCUACAACCAGGAUCCCUUCAGCAUAGUGGAGAAAAUAUGCUUGCCUUCCUACUACAUGCUGCUUCAUCACCAAAAUUUAUGAAAGAUGCACACCAGGCAAAGCAAGACAGCACAGAGCAGAAGAAGGCUAUUUUUUUCGACAUUCUGGGCAAGUACAUGGUGGUCUAUCCACAGCGACUAGCAACCAUGUUUCACAACUCAAUAAUAUUUCAGUCACUUCUGAUAUGGGGAACAUCACUGCUUAUGGGCGGACGUCCUGGUCUUGUGUCCUUUGGAAUAUCAUGUUUGAGCAUUAUUUUGACGUUGAUAUUUUCUAUCUUCUUACCGGUUGUGGUGGCAUUUGCCCUGCCGCAUAUUUGUCCCUUUCCUGUUCCAUUUGUUGGAAAUCCAUGGUUAGUUAUUGGCUUAUUUGGUUCACCUGCACUGCUUGGUGCAUUCAUUGGUCAGCAUUUUGGAUUUAUUCUCCUGAAGAGGCACAUUCAAGAAGUGCAUUCAAGAACAAAGCCAGGUCUAACUGGUAACACAAUGGAUUACAUUGUUGGCCUGGAAGCUGAGAGGUGGAUUUUCAAAUCUGGUUUUGUCCAAUGGCUUAUAGUUUUGAUACUCGGAACCUAUUUGAAGGUCGGAGCAUCCUAUAUAGCACUCAUCUGGCUUGUUUCGCCUGCUUUUGCAUAUGGUCUUAUGGAAGCAACACUAACUCCUGUGAGGUCACCUAAACAGCUUAAGGUCUUUACGUUGGUCCUGGCUUUGGCUGUGCCAGUUAUGUCAUCUGCUGGUUUGUUUAUUCGCUUGGUAGAUGUGAUGGUUGGCAGUAUUGUACGUGCUGAUAGGAACCCUGGCGGACUACCAGACUGGCUUGGAAAUGUAGUAGUUGCUGUUGCCAUUGCUAUAGUCGUGUCCUUCACGUUUGUGUAUCUUCUUUCAUAUGUCCAUAUUUCAGGUGCGAAAAAAACACUUCUUUCUGUGUUGUGUGCAUUCUUUGGUCUUGCCCUUGUACUGGUAUCAAGUGGCAUUGUUACAGCAUUCACAGAGGAUAUUGCUCGUUCUGUAAAUGUUGUGCAUGUUGUUGAUACUACAAGAAUGAACGAUGGAAACACAGAACCAUUAUCCUAUGUUUCCCUGUUCUCGAACAUGCCUGGAAAGUUGACACAGGAAUUGAUGGACCUAAGAGGGGAAGAGUUUUCUUGCGGAAGGAAUAUGACAACUGAUUUUGUGACAUUUACCGUGAAGUAUGGCUGCAGGAGUUACAAAGGGAGCAAUGCUGGAUGGAGCAAAUCAGAAGUUCCAGUGCUCCAUGUUGAAAGUGAUUCUGCUGCCGAUGAUGCCCGCAAAACAGUAGUAUCAGUUGAUACCAAGUCAUCUACACGGUGGUCGCUCGCAAUCAAUAUGCAGGAAAUUGAUGACUUCACUAUCCAAGUGGAGUCAGAUAAGUUGGUUCAACUGGGUGGUAAGAGCGAGGUCGAUGGAUGGCAUACAAUCCAGUUUGCAGGCGGCAAGAACGCACCAACGAAAUUCCAGCUAACCCUUGUCUGGUCAAGUAAUGCGACACAGGCAUCUCCAAAGGAAGCUAACGCAGAGGACCCUCCUCUCCUGGUAAAACUAAGAACGGACGUGAAUAGGGCCACGCCGAUGGUCGAGACGGUUCUCGAGAAGCUUCCACGCUGGUGUGCAGCUUUCGGCAAGUCGACAUCCCCUUACACGCUGGCGUUCUUGACCGCUCUUCCUGUCAAUAUUUAGGCGACGCACAUUGUGUGCCCCGACAUUGUAGGGUAUUAACAGUUUGACAUAGUGUUGAUCUACGCUGUAUCUAGCUAUUCGUAUUAGAUUCAAUUGCAUUCGUAGCUUCAAACUUAGAGGGCGGCCCUGUGUGGAAAAUGUGUCUGAUGAAUGAAUGGCCGGUCUGUUUGAUGUCGAAAAACUUGAGGUUAGAGUGGUGGUUGCAAUAUAGACAGGUGGUGUUUGAUGUUA